CGGGGCAGAGUAUCGUUCCAGUGCUGGUCACCGGGGCAGAGUAUCGUUUCAGUGCUGGUCACUGGGGCAGAGUAUCGUUCCAGUGCUGGUCACUGGGGUAGAAUAUCGUUCCAGUGCUGGUCACCGGGGCAGAGUAUCGUUCCAGUGCUGGUCACCGGGGCAGAGUAUCGUUCCAGUGCUGGUCACCGGGGCAGAGUAUCGUUCCAGUGCUGGUCACCGGGGCAGAGUAUCGUUCCAGUGCUGGUCACCGGGGCAGAGUAUCGUUCCAGUGCUGGUCACCGGGGCAGAGUAUCGUUCCAGUGCUGGUCACCGGGGCAGAGUAUCGUUCCAGUGCUGGUCACCGGGGCAGAGUAUCGUUCCAGUCCUGGUCACCGGGGCAGAGUAUCGUUCCAGUGCUGGUCACCGGGGCAGAGUAUCGUUCCAGUGCUGGUCACCGGGGCAGAGUAUCGUUUCAGUGCUGGUCACUGGGGCAGAGUAUCAUUCCAGUGCUGGUCACUGGGGUAGAGUAUCAUUCCAGUGCUGGUCACUGGGGUAGAGUAUCAUUCCAGUGCUGGUCACUAGGGUAGAGUAUCAUUCCAGUGCUGGUCACUGGGGCAGAGUAUCAUUCCAGUGCUGGUCACGGGGGCAGAGUAUCAUUCCAGUGCUGGUCACUGGGGCAGAGUAGGGCUGGUGACAGGGUGUACUUAACUUGACCCUGGACAGCUGUGUGUGUGAAGGAUGGACAAAACACCAAAGGCCUGGUAAGAAUAACCUUUACCCAUUCAUCCACUUGCAAACAUUAAGGCCAAAUGCCAGAGUUAGAUAUGUAAGGGAAGCUAAGGGUUACUUUAGUACCAGCAGUAGCCUACUUGUCCAAGGGGAUAGUAGGGAGUUAAACGACAGCGAUGCAGUAUAAAGCUCUGUUAAUUCAAACUAACAAUUUGUUAUGGUUUGUACAGAUGUAGCAUCUUAAUUUGAUCACACACUACAGGACAUUUAAAACUUGUAGUGUAAUUGAUGUUGAAAAAGGCUUUGGAAGUUUGCAAUUUAACAUUUCAGACUUGAUUUUCCCUUAGAAAAAAUGUACAUAUUGUUUGCUGUAAUCUAUAUUCUGGAGGAUAAACUUGGAUAGUUUAAUAAUAAUACAAAUAAUACUUUCCUUUACUGGCCUUGCUACAGCCAUACGAGUACCACUGAGAAAGUGAAUAUCCAUCACUGUCUGUCUUGCCAUAGAUGCGGGGAUAUCUCAAAGUGCUAUCAGUGUUCAAUUAACUGACAUUGCCCUUCAGCCUGCUGGGUGGAUUUCCUCACUGACAGAUGGCUGCUGACUUUUAUCUCAACCUUUGAUUGACUCUUCAUUAAGAACUAACUAUAUGCUCCUCUACAGAGACAUAGAGAGACUAGUGAGGAGCUGACCUGUUUGUUUUGUUAUAAUGAAGUCGUAUAGAAACGUACGUUUACCCCUCUGAAACAGCCCAGAGCCCGGGUCUCAGCUGUGUGUGUGUCUAUGCUGUGAUAACAUUUCCCCAAAUAUUUUUUUUGUUUAUGGCAUUUUACAACUACCUGUGUUUUUUCCCCUUUCAGAUCUGGCCUUUAUUGUCCCAUUUGUCACAGCAGCAGUCUUGACUCUGAACCCAAACAUUUAGGAUAAGAACUUUGAUGAUGAGGACUCUGUGGAUGGGGGCCGGUCCUACUCCUCCGCAUCGUCCUCCAAGGCGCCCCCCAGUGGGAGGAGGACUGUAGCUGCAGCUUCUGUCCGCAGGCCCAGCUCUGCCACCGGACCCGGUAAGAUCUCUGCUAAAGAUGCUGCUGCAGGAGCAGUAGAUGAGGACGACUUCAUCAAGGCUUUUGAAGAGGUUCCUACUAUCCAGAUCCACUCCAACAGAGAGAUGGAGGACAACCUCUCCAAGGUCCGGGAGGUUCUGUCUGACGACAAAAACGACUGGGAGCACCGAGUCAUCGCUCUGAAGAAGGUGCGUUCUCUGCUCCUGGCUGGAGCGCUGGAGUAUGAGAGUUUCCCUCAGCAGCUUCGUCUGCUGGAGGCCCCUCUGAAGCUGUCGGCUAAAGACCUGAGGUCCCAGGUGGUACGAGAGGCCUGCAUCACACUGGGAUACUUGUCCACGCUAAUGGGCAACAAGUUUGACCACUGUGCAGAGACCCUGAUGCCCACACUGCUCAACCUGGUGCCCAACAGUGCCAAGGUGAUGGCCACGUCUGGCAUGGCAGCCAUACGUCUCAUCCUCAGGCACACACACUACUCACGUCUCAUCCCAAUCAUCACUAGUAACUGCACGUCCAAAUCAGUGGCAGUCAGACGGCGCAGUUAUGAGUUCUUAGAGCUGUUAUUACUGGAGUGGCAGACACACACACUGGAGAGGCACGUGGCUAUUCUGACGGAGACCAUCAAGAAAGGGAUCCAUGAUGCCGACUCAGAGGCCAGGUCCGUGGCCAGAAAGUGUUAUUGGGGUUUCCAUGGCCACUACAGCAGGGAAGCGGAGCAUCUUUUCCAGGCCCUGGAGUCGACCUAUCAGAAGGCUCUCCAGUCACACCUGAAAAGUUCUGACAGCGUUGUGUCCCUCCCCCAAUCAGACCGCUCAUCCUCCUCCUCUCAGGAGAGCCUCAACCGGCCCCUGUCUGUCAAGGGUGUCAUAGGAGGCGGCAUGACAAGGGGGAAGAUGGUGAGUUCCAGGGUGAACUCUAACCCCGGCGGUUCUCUUCAGCGUUCCCGUAGUGACGUCGAUGUGAACGCUGCGGCCAGCGCCAAAUCCUGUCUGGUCACCGUGCCCUCCGCUUCUCCCUUCAGCUCAGCCGCUACUCUGCCCCCAGGCUCCUACGCCUCUUUAGAUGGCACACCUGGUAAAAUUAAUAUGGGUCGUGUGCGUACGAGGAGGACAAGCGCUUGCAGUGCCGUCGGAGCCAGCGCUACUGUGACUGACAGCAGGGGGCGCAGCCGAGCCAAAAUGGUAUCCCAGUCCCAGCGAUCCAGAUCUGCUAACCCCACUGGCGGUGGUAAGGCCCGGACUUCAUCCAAUCAGACUGGAAGUCGCUCCAGUUCCCCUGGAAAGCUUCUGGGCCACUCGUCUGGGUACGGGAGGAUCAGCAGGCCCCCCUCAGCCUCCAGCACCCCUGCAGACAAGAGGAGCAAGGUCCCCCGCAGCCAGGGCUGCAGUAGAGAUUCCUCUCCCAGCCGACUGGGACUAGCCAGGCUGUGUGGUAAAGCUCUUGUUCCUGGUACUCCUCUCUCCUCCUACAACACGCUAGCGAGGAGCCGUAUCCCCCGGCCCAGCAUGAGUCAGGGCUGCAGCAGGGAAACCUCUAGGGAAAGCAGCCGAGACACCAGCCCUGCUCGGGGUUUCAAGCCUCUUGCCUCCCGACGUACUUCCCGCUCUACCAGUGCCCUAUCCACGGCUGACCCCCACGGCCAGUCAGAUCGGUUUGGUUUGAUUCACCAGGACCGUAUCUCUGCCUCAGUAAAUGCCAUGAGAGUCCUCAACACUGGCACUGAGGUGGAAGCUGCUGUGGCUGAUGCACUGCUGUUAGGAGCCUCCAGAAAUAAUAAGAGAAAGCCAAUGAGGCGGCGGUAUGAGUCUCCGGGUAUCUAUUCUGACGACGAUGCUAACAGCGACGCAUCCAGUGCAUGCUCAGAGCGCUCAUACGGGUCCAGGAACGGAGGUAUCCCUCACUACCUGCGUCAAACGGAGGAUGUGGCGGAGGUGCUAAACCACUGUGCCAGCUCCAACUGGUCAGAGAGGAAGGAGGGGCUGCUGGGUCUGCAGAACCUACUCAAGAACCAAAGAAUACUCAGCCGAGUGGAGCUGAAGAGACUAUGUGAGAUCUUCAGCAGGAUGUUUGCAGAUCCACACAGCAAGAGAGUGUUUAGUAUGUUUCUGGAGACUCUGUUGGACUUUAUCUUGGUGCAUAGAGAAGACCUGCAGGACUGGCUGUUUGUCCUGCUCACCCAGCUACUGAAGAAGAUGGGAGCUGACCUGCUGGGGUCUGUCCAGGCCAAGGUCCAGAAGGCUCUGGAUAUCACCAGGGAGUCUUUUCCGUUUGAUCACCAGUUCAACAUCCUGAUGAGGUUCAUUGUUGACCAGACACAGACACCCAACCUCAAGGUGAAGGUGGCCAUUCUGAAGUACAUAGAAUCACUGGCAAGACAGAUGGAUCCGACAGACUUUGUCAACUCCAGUGAAACCCGACUGGCUGUAUCUCGCAUCAUUACCUGGACCACAGAGCCCAAGAGCUCCGACGUCAGGAAGACCCUUCAUAACUGGGUGGUGGAGGAGCUAUCAGGCAGGUCCAGUACUGCAGCCUUACUGUCCCAGCAGGCCGGGGAGGGGCAACUGGAAGAGAGGUGUAAGCAGGCAGCCCAGGUUGUGCUGAUCUCUCUGUUUGAGCUGAACACUCCAGAGUUCACCAUGCUGCUGGGAGCCUUGCCCAAGACCUUCCAGGACGGGGCCACCAAGCUGCUCCAGAACCACCUGAAGAACUCCAGCAACACCAGCAGCGUGAGUUCUCCCAGCAAUACUAUUGGGCGGACCCCAAGCCGGCACCCCCCAAGCCGGACCAGCCCUCUCACUUCCCCAACCAACUGCUCCCAUGGGGGGCUAUCUCCCAGUCGGUUGUGGGGUGGGUGUUGGAGUGGCGAUGGGCUACCUAAGCACCCCCUUCCCCCUCAUCCUCCUCCACCUCACUCCACCCCCGCCGGCCCCGCCCUCAGGGUCCUCCGCAGAGCGUACUCUCCCAGUAUGUUGGAGUAUGACACAGAGAACAUGAACUCUGAUGAGAUCUACAGCUCCCUGCGAGGGGUCACAGAGGCCAUCCAGAGCUUCAGCUACCGCAGCCAGGAGGACCUCAACGAGUUGAGAGGGAAGAGGGACGAUGCUGCGGGACGGGAAGGUGUGACGCCCUCUCCAGGCUCUGAUGCCCGUCUGGGGCAGGAUGUGGUGGAGGGUGGGCGUACGGCCCUGGAUAACAAGACCUCUCUUCUCAACACCCCGUCCCCCCGCUCCUUCUCUGGGCCGCGAACCAGGGAGUUCGCCCCCUACGGAUACGGAGACACCAUCACCUCAUCCUACGACAAGAGCGCCCUGAAGGAGGCCGUGUUUGAUGACGAUGUGGAGCAGUUUAGAGACUGCCGUCGGCAGGACAGCAGUGGUGAAAACAAGAUGGUGCUCUCUAAGGGCUUUGCUCCAGGUUCCCAGGACCACUCGGACCUGGUUGCAGACCUGCUGAAGGAACUGUCAAAUCACAAUGAACGCGUGGAGGAGCGUAAAGGGGCGUUGGUGGAGCUCCUGAAGAUCACCCGGGAGGACAGCCUGGCCGUGUGGGACGAACACUUCAAGACCAUCCUCCUACUGCUCCUGGAGACACUGGGGGAUAAAGACUACACUAUCCGGGCCAUGGCACUGAGGGUACUGAAGGAGAUACUGCGGAACCAGCCGGCCCGCUUCAAGAACUAUGCUGAACUCACCAUCAUGAAGACCCUGGAGGCACACAAAGACUCCCACAAGGAGGUGGUAAGAGCAGCAGAGGAGUCUGCCUCCACUCUAGCCAGCUCCAUCCACCCAGAGCAGUGUAUCAAGGUGCUGUGUCCCAUCGUUCAGACGGCUGACUACCCCAUCAACCUGGCUGCCAUCAAGAUGCAGACCAAGGUGAUCGAACGCAUCACCAAGGAGUCCCUCCACCAGCUGCUGCCUGACAUCAUACCAGGACUACUGCAGGGCUAUGACAACACAGAGAGUAGUGUUCGCAAGGCCAGCGUGUUCUGUCUGGUGGCCAUCUACUCCGUGAUUGGAGAAGAGCUCAAACCACACCUGCAGCUACUCACGGGCAGCAAGAUGAAGCUGCUGAACUUGUACAUCAAGAGGGCUCAGACAACCAACAGCAACAGCAGCAGUUCCUCGGAUGUCUCUUCACACAGCUAGCUGUAGGAGCAGAGGGAGGAAAACACAGAUCCAUCUGCCUGUACUGUGCAUAUGAAUUAGGGGGGGAAAGGUUGCUUCCCAAAUUGGCAUUCUUUUCCCUAUAUAGUGCACUACUGUUGUGCUCUGGCCAGAAGUAGUGCACUAUAUAGGGAAUAGGGUGCCAUUUGGGACAGAUUCAUAGUCGUGCCUCUUCCAGACCUCUCCAUUCCUGAUUUUUUCUUCUCUCCUUCACCCCACUGGACUCCUCUGGGUUUCCCUAUGACCUGCUCAUCGCUCCAACCACCUCUUCACUUACUUUGCUCUUUUUUUUCCCCCAUGGAACUUGUACCUUCAUUUGUCUCGUCCCAUCGUUGUCGCCCCCCCCCCCCCCCCCCCCCCCAGCUGUUAUGACGCAUCACUAGCAAUGUGUUGCAAGGUAAAGAUCAGAUAUUCAUUAUGUUGAGCAUUCAGAGUGUAGGGAUGGAAACGUAACCAAGGGUUAUGAUAUGGUCCAAUAAGAAUGGUACGUAUGGUCCAAUACUAAAUAAUACCCUGAUAUUGGUUCAGCAAAAACAAAACAUCCCUUCAAAUGCCAUUGGAUGAGUAAACACAGCCUGAAACGUCACAGUAGAAUAGGGCCUUCACGUUUAACCAGGAAGUCCCAUUGAGGUCGGAAGACCUGUCAAGGGGGACCACAUGAUAGUCGGUUUGUGAUAAAGAAUCAUAUGGCUGGCCCAGUGAGGUUACAAAGCCCCUAUAAACAGUUUAGGAACAAUGAAAAGCAAAUAUGUCAGCGAAUGAAGUAGAAUUAGUAGAUUGCGAUAUGACGUUAUACAGUCCUAUAAAAAGUGAAAGAAGGAAACAUUUAUUUUUAUUUUUUUUACGUAUGUCAAUCAUUAUAAAGACUAACUUAAGCCCAGGUAAGCUAACACUAUUUGUUAUUGUUAGUAUCCAUUAGUUUGGGAGAAAUUAUAAUGAAACAUUAUUAGAGGCCAACUUCCAGCUAAUAGCUUGUCUAUAUCAUGAGAAAAAAAUAGAAGUAUUGUAUUAAAUAAAUGUUGACCUUCAUUUUUUCAACCAAAAAUUGGUAAUCUAAAAUUGAAGCUGUUCAAAAUAAGGAGAGCGGUAAAGAUGCCAACUCACAAUCAAUUAUUGUUGUGGUUAACUCCAUUUCGAUUGUCAAAUAAAAACAAAUAUUUCUUUACAUUCCCCGAAUCAAUCAAGUGAAAUGGAAUGGAUCACUUCCAACUCAUAGAAUUAGAAUGAGUGUUCACAACCUACUCAAUGUCCAUGUUGCUAAUGAUGUCACACUGAAUGAGUGUUCACAACCUACUCAAUGUCCAUGUUGCUAAUGAUGUCACACUGAAUGAGUGUUCACAACCUACUCAAUGUCCAUGUUGCUAAUGAUGUCACACUGAAUGAGUGUUCACAACCUACUCAAUGUCCAUGUUGCUAAUGAUGUCACACUGAAUGAGUGUUCACAACCUACUCAAUGUCCAUGUUGCUAAUGAUGUCACACUGAAUGAGUGGGCCAUUAUAAGUCAUGACAACAUACAAACUUGUCAGUGAAAACACUAAACAAAUCCAAAGUGUCACGUUUAUUUAUUCUCACCCUCUUCCCACCUAUGUUGCCAGAUUAUGGCAUUGAUGCUGCUGUUUAUAACGUAUACCUGUCUGAUGAGUAACAACCCUACACUUAUUGAUAAUGUGAAUAUUACAGGCUCAGUUUUGGAAGGAUAUCAGUGGAUUCAUUGAGACAGACUCCUAGUCCUGGAUUAAAAACUAUUCUCAAUGGAGAAUAUCUAUUAAAAGUAUGUUUUAGUCCUAGUCUUAAUAUGCAUCCAGGAAACCGUCCCAACUAGGUUUAUGUUCAUUUUCCACAGUAAUGUUUGGAUCACUUCUACAGGAUAGAUGUACAUACAGAAGCUCUCAGCUCUUAAAAAUGUGAAACCAUUACUCCAGGAACUACAAUAAUCUGGUUUGCAAACCGAUACAAUAAAAUUCACCACAAUGAUGCAAAUGUUAGUUGUUUAUAAUAAUACAGUAUUACACCCAUCUUCUCAUCACCUUCCUUUCACGCAACUACAGCUUUUGCAAUAAAGAAAAUACCAUGAUGAGCAAAUUUUAGUAUUUUGUACAUGACUCUUAAUCAAUCACCACUUCGCAACUUUCGUGUAAUGAAAUAAAAAGGUUGGCUCUCUCACUUUUUUUGCACGCUAGCGAAUUAGCUUGCAUGUUUUUGGGCAGCACAUCCACUUGGUGCUGCCUUUAAUCGAUGGGUCCUGUUUUCGCUGUUGAAGUGCACUUGUACCCGCAUCAUUUUGGUCAGCCUUUACAACAACAGGUAGCCUGGCAGGAAUACACUCACAGAGCUCUGUGUCCAGAACUACGAAGACUCUGUCUGCCCUAGACAACUGUGUACACUGUACAGGACCUAACCGUCUCAAGAUGCCAAGCAGACAUAUACAGUACUGGGUCUCCUUUAGUACAGUACUACAUAUUUGGGCAUGUGGCUUUAUAAAGGUACACUGUGUGCGUGCCUUGUUACCAUAGUAAAGUGUGUGGCAUCUAUUUCCAUCUGUUGAACAGUUUUAAAAAUUACACUAAUUGUUUGCUUUGUUUUUAAAUGGGGCCAUCAUCCUUUUGUAAGUAUGUUCAUUUUAUUUGAUUGUGUGUUAGGGAGAAGCCAAUUGUUUUGUUAAAGACAAAGUACUGUAUUGGCUGAUCUGGCUGAAGAUCUGGAUCAUUAUCUGCUGGUUAUGAUGGUCCCUAAGAGAAGCUAAUCCUAGCAAUCUGUUCCCUUUGCAUGUUUUUGUGUUUGUUUCUAUUGUUUUGUCAUUUAAGAUUCAUAUCUGUAUUUAUGAUAGUUUUAUUUUAGUUGUAGUUUUUCAUGACAACUUGUACAGAAGGGUUUCGUUAACAUCCACCUGUGAUAAAUGAUUUGCCUCAAUGUACAUUUGUUUGCUUUAGAAAUAAACGAACAUUCAAGUUGA